CAUCACUAGAAUAAUUCCUAGAAUCCUUAGAAAAAUAAGUUGGUCCAUCUAAAUAUAUAAUAAAUUUUUUAUUAAACUAACCAUAAAUACAUUAUUAAUGUGCUUCAUUAUUUCCUUAAAUAAAAUUACGGAAUUGUCAACUCGAUUGUCACACAUGCUUUUAGAGAAAAUUGAUGCAUGCUUGCAAUGCUCAUUAUCAACUCGAUUGUCACACAUGCAGGAUUUGCCCUUCUGGCUGCUAUGGAGAUUAUGGAAGAGUAGAAACACUUUAAUAUUCCAGCAAAAGGAAAUUGACUGGAGAAGUUUAUUGAGAUAUGCACGGGAGGAUGCAACAGAAUGGAAACAACGGGAUAGUAAGGUUGAAGAGAUUCAUACAAGACGAAGAUCAUGCAUGAUUUCUGUGACAAACAUCAUGCGUGAGUAGAUCCACCUGCUAGGUUUAGGAAUUUCUAGGUUUUGAAUGAAUUUCUGAAUUAUAUGAUUGUUAGGAUAUCUAAAGAUCUAUACAUCAGGAUAGCUUGUAAUACUACGAUCUAGAGUAGUUGGAAAACCACGAGAGUGUGACUAAUUGCUUGAACCUAGAAUCAUAGGACAAUUGAGAGGCACGAGAGUGCAAUCAAUUAACAGAAUCCGAAUCCUGCUGGAUUAGAUACGUAGGCGCAUACGAGAGUUGGUCUAGGAAUCUAGUUGAACAUAAUCGAUAUGUUCGAUAAUGCUUGCCUAAGGCAGUGUCGGUCGACGCUUAUACCAUUGCAUCGAUCAACACUCAAUCCGUAGCAUCAAUCGACGUCCAUAUCGUAGCAUCGAUCGACGCUCAUAUCAUAGCAUCGGUCGAUGCUCGAUUUGUGUUGACAUGCGAGAACUGAAAUACUGAACUUAUUCAAUAGAUUAGACUCACAGCGAGAGCUGGUUGUCUUUUGCAUUAGAUAUUGAGUUCUAGAAUCAAUAGCAUCUAUAGUUUAGAGUUCUAAUAACCUGAAUGAAACCCUAAGUAUAGUAACCAUCCUUCCAUCAAACAACUCUUUGGCAACCUGAACAAUUGUCUUGUUCAACUUGUUUACUGUUUACUGCUUUGCAUAUCUCUAUUUAAUGCUUUAAACAUACUAGCCUAGCUUAAUCAAACUGAUUAGAUUUAAUUGGUUCCCUAGCUCCCUGUGAAUUCGAUCGCUAAGUACUACAACUCGACCUAUUAUUUGAGAGCGUAUAAAUCACUCAUUCGGAUAAUUUGAGUGAUAUCACAAGAAUAUUGAAAAAAUAGAGCUGUCAUGAUGUUUAGUCCUGGCGCCUUCUCUGGGUGCAUCAUAAAUAAAGCCUAUCUAACCUCAUUCUCAGUUGCUAUUCUUAACAAUCGUUGAUUCCUCUGAGGAGUGAUACCCGGUGUUACCUCUGUGAGGAAGCUAUCAAAUUCUGAUGGUGAAGUGGUACUAAACAAGUCUUCAAAAUAGUCUACUGCGACAUUUUCCACCCCAGUAUCCUCUGUAAUCCAAUUUCUUGCAGCAUCAUGUAACCCGACUAUCCUAUGACGAACCCUUCUUUGCUUGGUUAAAGCGUGAUAGAAUUUCGUGUUAAGAUCCAGAUGAAUACCACAUAUUCUUACUUUUCUAAUGCCAGUAAUCCUCUUCAUCCUUAUAUGCAUCUUGUUGCUUCCUAAAUACCUUCAGAAUAUCCUCCUCAGAUCUAGUGUUAUAUGUUUGUACCUCUUCGAGAGCUUUCUGUAACUCAUUUAUUUUUUUCCUUUCCAUAAGGUGGAUUAUUUUUCCGCCAUUUAGCAACUUCGUGACGACAAUUCUUAAUUUUUUCCACUAUACCAUCUUCCAUUCCUCCACUAUAAUCUAACCAAUCCAUUAUAAUUGAUUCUAUAAGACUCUUUUGUCCAAUCCAUUUCUUAUCAAAACAGAAUUGUCCUUUCCUUCUGACAACUUUAUCCUCCAAGUAGGCCACUAUUGGGCGAUUGUCAGAUGCCAUCAUCUCUAAAUAUUCUGUGUAAUUGAAUUCACUAGUAAAACUAAUUGAAUUCUGUAAAAUUUUGUUAUUUAUUUAUUAUAUAUAUAUAAGAGUAUAAAAGUCUUUUAUUUUUUACUGAAAAAAAUAUUUUUGAAAAUAUUCAUUUACUAGUGGUAAAUAUGAAUAAUUAUAUCACCAAAGUGGUAAAAUUGAAAAUUCCCCAAUAUUUAAUCUAAAAAUCUGAAUGAUGUGAUGUUUUAUCCAUAUUAUUGAAAAAAAAAGAACCAAUUUGAAACUAAACUGGAUUAAUUUUUUCAAAUAUUAACAGUUUUCAAUUUCGAUAUAUGAAUCGAACAAAAAAAUCAAAAGUAUUGAAGCAAAACUAAUUGAAUUCUGUAAAAACCGGAAAGUUUCUAAAUCUAUAGAAUCAAAAACAGAAAAAUCUAAACCGAAACUUUAAACUCUAAAUUUUAAACUCUAAACUCUAAACCAGACAUAGUGGGUCUAGGUAAAUACAAGAAAAAGCAACAGAGGAUCAGAUGCCUGCGACAGAAAUGACAUCUAACUCUUGAAGUGAUUACAUUAACAAAGAUUGUUUGAACUCGUGAGUUUUUUUUUUUUUUUUUGGUAAAAUAACUCGUGAGUUGUGUGGUUCUUCAACUUCGUUUACUUGUUUCUUUCCGUGGGGAAGACAGGAGGAUAGUUGAUAGGCUGUAUCUAUGGUUUCAUCUCAAAGACUAUAUCUCUCGCGAAUCGUUACAAGGAAAUCUCACUCUUUGGCAAGUGCCCUUGUUACCAAAUCACAAGAGUCGGUCCCCAAGUCAGUUGGAUUCUCGGAUUCGGGUUCGACCUGUGAGGCACACCAACUGUUCGACGAAAUUCGAGACUUGAAUGUCAUUUCUGGUACAGCCGUGAUUGGCCGCUUUGUGAAACAAAACAGGCAUGUAGAGGCAAUCCAUGCUUUCAAAAGGUUGCUGUAUCUGGGAAUCAGACCAAACGAGUUCACCUUCGGCACCGUCAUUGGGUCCUCUUCAUCUUCGAGAGAUGUCAAAUUAGGCAAGCAGCUACAUGGUUUUGCGUUAAAAAUUGGACUUGCGUCGAAUGUGUUUGUGGGCAGUGCGGUUUUGAACUGUUACGUGAAGCUGAGCACGUUGAUGGAUGCUCGUAGAAGCUUUGAUGAUACUAGAGAUCCAAACGUUAUUUCUUUUACCAAUUUGAUAAGUGGGUACCUAAAGAAACAUGAAUUUGAGGAAGCCCUUUCCUUGUUUAGAACAAUGCCAGAGAGAAGUGUUGUUACUUGGAACGCAGUGAUUGGUGGGUUUAGUCAGACGGGACGGAAUGAAGAAGCUGUGCGUACUUUUGUGGAUAUGUUAAGGGAAGGUGUGGUGAUGCCUAAUGAAUCAACCUUCCCUUGUACGAUAACAGCCAUAUCCAAUAUAGCUUCUCAUGGUGGUGGUAAAAGUAUCCACGCCUGUGCUAUCAAGUUCUUGGGUCAGCAAUAUAAUGUCUUUGUUUGGAAUUCUCUCAUUAGUUUUUACUCCAAGUGUGGAAACAUGGAGGAUAGUGUUUUGGCUUUCAACAAGCUCCAUGAACAAGAAAGGAACAUCGUCUCUUGGAACUCUAUGAUAUGGGGUUAUGCGCACAACGGAAGAGGAGAAGAAGCUAUAGCCAUGUUUGAAAAGAUGAUCAAAGACACAAACCUGAAACCAAACAGUGUGACACUUCUUGGAGUGUUAUUUGCGUGUAACCACAGGGGCCUAAUCCAUGAAGGGUACUCAUAUUUCAACAAAGCAGUGAAUGAUUAUGAUAAUCCAAACCUGCUACAACCUGAGCACUAUGCAUGUAUGGUGGAUAUGCUCUCUAGGUCAGGUCAUUUCGAAGAAGCAGAGAAGCUUAUUAAAAGUCUGCCUCUUGAUCCGGGAAUCGGGUUUUGGAAAGCAUUGCUUGGGGGAUGCAAGAUUCACUCAAACAAGCGUUUGGCUGAAUUAGCGGCGUCGAAGAUCUUAGAGAUGGAACCCAGAGAUGUUUCGUCAUACGUUAUGCUUUCAAAUGCUUACUCUGCUGUGGAGAAGUGGCAGAAUGUGUCGGAGAUACGGAGGAAGAUUAAGGAAACGGGUUUCAAGCGUAUCUCGGGAUGUAGUUGGAUUGAAGUUAGAGGCCAAGGUUGUGUCUUUGUCAAUGCUGACAAAAGCAACAAACAGAAGGAUGAAGUCUAUAGGGUGUUGUCACUUAUUACGCAACAUCUUAUAGAAGACUUGUGAAGACUUCAAAAAGUCAACUGUCUAAUGUUUAAUGUAACAUAGAAUAACAAUCCCUUUAGGACUCCUACCCCAAUCUCGCAUUGUUGUGUUAGAAUUGCAGCAAUUAAACAAUAUCAAACGACACCGCCACUAGGAGAUUCUCGUAUCUGAAUUGCGUCGUAGUACAACAGGUUAACUACUCACAUUCACCAAUGUAAGUUAAAUAAAAUUUUCCGACAAAGCAUUUUAUAUUUUGAGAAGUUGCAAAUUCUAAACUUCUGUUCGUGUGCAUUGGAGUCAAAAUAAGUUAUACUGAGAUCAACUGUCAAAAUUGUUAGUAUAUUAUCAAACAGUUCUUAAAAGUUUACAAGCCAUAAAUGUCGAGAUACUAAUAAGGGCAUCUCCAACCUUACUCCAUUUUCUGUUCCAAACAUCAUUUUGGAGUAAAAUCUUCUCCAACCCCACUUCAUUUUCAACUCCAAAAUGGAGUAAUGGCUAGAGUUACUCCAUUUAGUGUUGAACUUUUUUUAUUUGUGAAUUGGUCCUUUAAAUCUUUAAUGUUUUUAUUUCUUACUUAAAUAAUAUUUUAAAAUGAUACAAUAACAUAAACAAACAAGAUAUUCCAUUAUUUAAUAAUUUUACAUAAAAAUAUAUACUAUAAUAAAAAAAUAAUAAUAUAAAAUAAAGAUAACAUAAAAGGAUCUAUAGUUGCGUUUCGCUAUUGUGAAAGGGCAUGUUCAGUUUUGGAAAAAAAUGUGUUACAUGACAUCAAGACUACAUAUAUAAUUCUACAUAACAUGAUAAUUAAGGAUGAGCGUGAAUUUGAUGCACCAACUGAACUUGGAAGAGAAGCUAUACCUCCAUAUAUCAAAAUUACAUAAGAUGAAAAUGUCUGAUUUUAAAAUUUUCUUGUUCGAUUUAGGAAUAUCAAAGAUAAAGAAGCUUAUGUUUCAUUACGAAAUGUAUUAGUUGAUCAUUGUGAGAAAAAUAUUCUAAUGCCACUAUUAAACCAACUUAUAUAUUGUCUUUUAUUUUAUUUUUAUGAUUUCUUGUACUUUUUAAUAAUAACUGUUUAAUUUAAAUAAUUUUUUUAAGGAAUUUUUGUAAACAUAAAAUAGUUGGGGUUGAUUAGUAAUUUUUUUAUAAAUAUAAAGUAAUAUUAACAAUUAUUAAUAAAAUAUAUUAUUUUUGGAGUAGAAAAUGGAGUAAUACAUUGGAGUAAAACUUUACUCCAUUUUGGUGUUGCACCAUUUUGGAGUAAAAUAUGGAGUAAUACAUUGGAGAUGCUCUAAAUCCACAUAUGCCGCAUCCAAACUAGAAAAUUACACGAAACAUUAUGACGAAAUUAUCCGAAACACGAUCCUUUUCAAGAAAAACCUAAGAGUUUAUUCGUGAAUAAAAGUCAUCCAACAAAACAUACUUACAACAAAGAAUAUAGCAAAGCCGUUUCAAUUGAUGUUUAAAUGAAGAAACUUUUGUAUAGUAAAAAUAAGUGACCUAAUAUAACAACCUUCGUAAAACAAUACGAAAUCAGCGUUUACGAAAUAAUCUUUGGACGGUUGUCUAGAAUCAUACAAAACGAUUUUCGGAGAAGUACAUAUAUAGAACACCUCGCCUUCAUCUCUCCUCCUUCCCCUAUCUCUCUCCUCAGUCCUCUCCUCGCCCAUGUCUCUCUCUAUCUCCUCUCCUCGCCCCAUCCUCUCUUUUCUCCUCACGCUUCUCUCUCUAGUCCUAGCUCACACAUCUCUUGCUGGGCCCAAUAAUAAACAUCAAAAGCCCGAGCAUUGGCAUUAAUUUCCCAAUACUAAAAGAUGAUAUGGCGCAAGGAAAAAAGAGAAAAACAACUUUAUUAGUAUAGAUAGAUGUCAAAGCUACGAGUGUAACACUCCAGAUUCCUUAGGUUCAUCUGCCAAAGAAAAACAACAACAACAGAUUUUUGAGAUAUGAAAGAAAAAUUGAAUUCCAGUGAGGAUGAUCUAUGAUCAAAGUUCAAUUCACUACAACAGCAAUACCGGUCUCACAAAAUUUAGGAAUGAAGAUCAACCUUCCCGGCUGACCUUCUGACCCUGCAAAAUUAAUAUAUUACCCAACACACUUAGAGCACUGUUUGACCCAAGAAACAAAAAAUACCUACUAUGUACUUAUAUAAUAAUAUUUAUGCAAGGAUAUUGUUCCUUUACCGAACGGUUGUCAUAUUUAUCUUGACUCCCAAUGAAGAAGACAUGAGGGCAAGUUGCAAUCAUGAAAAGGUCACAAUCGGUGAAAGGAUAACAACCUGCAAAGAAGUGAAUCAAACCAAUAGACUCCAAAUUCUUCUUUUUUGAUUAAAAAAAACCAAUAGACUCCAAAAUGGAACUUUGUUCGAAAUAUAUAUUUUGCAAGGCAGGGGGGAGGUGAAUUCUCACUGAGUGUAUUAGGUGCAGUGGGAGCAAGAUGACUCCACUUCAGUGUUCUUUCGAAAAAAUCAAGAUUGCUUUUAGCUUCUGAGUACUUGUCAAGGUCAUUGAUGUUCUUACCAUAAGUUCCAAGAAAUCUUCAAAAGUGUUAAAACUUCCUAAGAGGUUUUAGCUAAAAUAAUGAACUAUAGUUAAGAGAUUGUGUCCUUUAUGUACAAUAAUCAUACCUGAUAUUGUCCACAUCAAAGGAGUGAGGAUUUCUACAUGAUCUGAAGGUGUUAUAAAGGGUUGAUCGAGGGAAAAGGCAAGUGAUCGGUGGCUGUACAAAAGAAAACAGCCUUAAGAUAAUUUGUCCAUAGUAAUAUUGUUUUUUUUCCAGUAGUGUUUGUUAUGUAUUUGCAAAGUGCAAACCUGCUGAGGUAAUACAAAGUUACCGGAUCAUUUACGCUUGAAAUUAUAGCUUCUGAAACUCCUGCAUGUAUCUUAAACAGUCUACAAACAAAACAAAAAUUCAAACUUUCCUCAAUAGAAUUUGAUAAGACACAGGUGGAUCUGGUUUUAACUCACUUGGUUUAACAUGAUAUCAAGCUCUUUGAUGGGCUCAUACAGAAUUGACUAAUCUUUGGAGGACAUGUUGUGCAGAAAUCAACCAAUAACGAUCAUAAAAACCGGAUAACUGAAGAUGUAUACCCACAGGAAAAGUUAUCAGUUAUGAGUUUAUGGGGAAAUUCAACAAAGUUGCAGCAAUUACCACCCAUUGGUAAAGCUCGUCAUUGAGAAAGUUGAUCUUCUCUGAUUGUAUAGGGGUGAGGAGAUCCAUCGUAGUCUUGGAGAAAAUAUAUAGUCGGAACUUUUAUCGGUUACCUUCGACUAUGAUGAUGAGGAUUUAAUGCAUAAGAAAUUGAUAGGAGUGGGGUGAACCACAUAAAUGGUUGCUUUAAUACGACAGAAGACAUAAAACUGUAGCCGUUAUAGUGUCAACGAUAUUGGUAGCGAUGAGGAUUCAAAUCGCCACGUCAUCUUUAGUACGAAGAUGGUCCGGUGAGUCGGAUAAAUCCCUAAAAAGUAAUGACUCUAGAAAAAUUCAGAAGGGUCUUAUGGGUUAACCAAAAACUAAAAUAAUGGGCCAAAAAACAAAACAAAAUCAAAACACAAUUUAGAAAAGUUUUUAUGUGGAUGAGUACAUGUGUCAUGAUUAGGAAUGGGUAUAGGCAGCCAAAAAAUUUUAGGUGGGUCAAUUUCAUAACAAACAUAUAUUACAUGGAUCAGUUGUCUAUUUUUUGUUAUAUUUUCUGAUUUGUAUUAAAUACAAGUAAAAAUACAGAUUUCACUUGGGUCAGUUGACCCAUAUCCCAAACCCUGGCUCCACCACUGAAUCAGACAUGUAGACUUGUUCAUUGAUGUUUUUAUAAAUAAAUAAAAUGAUACAUGUCAUAAGGUGGAAUUAUGAUUUUUACUAUUUUUGUAAAUUAUGCUAUUUUAUAAUUUAUAGUAGUUUAAAAUAGGAAUACAUGGAAUGAGUCAUUACGUUUGAUUCCAAAAUAAAACUACCAGUUACAUGGAAUUACAAAAUGAUCACAUUCCAAUAAUUCAUGUGGAAUAAAUGGAAACAAAUAAAAUGCAGUGAUAAAUCAUUUAGAAGAAAAAAGUUACGUGAAUGUAGUGGAAUGAAAUAAAAUUAGAUAUUUUUAAUUAUGUUUAGAUAAUAAUUAUUUAUUUGUAGUCAUAUGGCAGAUUUGUUAAGAUUUUAAAUUUGAAAAUUCUGGUUAAGUCUAUGAUUUGUUACAACCUUAAACUAAAAUAUAGCAACAUAUUUUCUUAUUUAAACACUCUGUAGUGAUAUCAAACUUACAAAUCAUCCGAAGAAUGUUUAGUAUCAAACUAAAGUUAAAUAAAUAUGUUUACUUCUUUUUAUCAUUGUUUAUUAAUUUUAAUGAAAAUUAUUUUACUGUUAAAUACAAUUAAGUAGUACAAUUAAAUAGUAUAAUUAAGUAGGUUAUUUUUCCAGGUUUGUUUGCAUGUUCACAUACUUUGUUACUGAUGGGUACUUUUUGUUUUACUUUUCUUAUUUUUCUCCCCAAAAAGCCCUUGUGUUUGACAAGAUUCUUUUGCCUUACUUUUCAUAUUUCUCUCGACCAGACUAGGUGUGGUCAUGAAACCAAUUUCAAAUUAUGGACGAUUCAUAACCACCUCUUUCACCACCACUGCUGUAUCCCUCUUUGCACUGCCAUAACUACCUCAUUCACCAUCACUACUUUCAUAACCAUCCACCGAUGGUGUGGUUGUGGACAUGGUUAUCCGCCUCCGACCACAAUAAUAUGCAUCCAACCAACACCACAAGACCCUCCAUGCGUCAAUGACCCCCGACCACUUAUUUCAUCACCACAAUUUUCAUAUCCACCUGCACAAGCUACAUUUCCGCCAUUAGCUCCUCCACCGUCACCUCGUACUUACCUUCCGCCUUCUGAUCCACCACCACGGCUCCACCUCCAGCUCUUCCUCUUUCAUCACCACCAUAAGACCAUACCUCUCCCUGUCUCAAAAGUCUAUAAGCUUGAGAAAGCGUUCUUUCAUGACUUAAGAUUUAAAUCAUGGUCAUCGUCAUAAUCUUUGUGUACGAAGCUGCCGGAAUCAAAAGGAUUUAAUUCGUUAAGUGUUGACACCAAUCGUCAGUGAGAUUAAUGCAGGAUCACCUCUAUGAGCUCCACCUCCACAUGCGGCUCCUCUUCCUUCACCGUUUCGGUAAGCACCACCACCAUAAGAUCCUCCACUUGCUGAUCCUCAACCAUCUCACCAGGUCCACUUUUUAAUCACUAGUAUGUGCCACCACCAUAAGUCAAUCCUCCACCGCCUCUGUUAUUGCUUCCGCUUCUGUCUCCGUCUCCGAACCAUAUGUGACAGGAUGAAGAUUUUAGGUUAGAGAAAGUGUGAGGUUUAAAUUAGAAGGGGUUUUUGGUCAAUUUACUCAACAAAAGUACUUGGCAAGUAGAAAGUAUGUGUAAAUGUUAAUGGACCAUGGAAAAGUAUGUCCCAUGUUAUUUUUUUUUAUAAAAAUGUUUUCUUGCGAUUA